AUGAUGCAAUUUAUGCUUCUGUUCAGUCGUCAAGGUAAAUUGCGAUUACAGAAAUGGUAUGUGGCUUAUCACGAUAAGAUGAAAAAGAAAAUCACUCGUGAAUUAGUGACGACAAUAUUGGCUAGAAAGCCGAAAAUGUGUGCCUUUCUGGAAUAUAAAGAUUUGAAAAUUGUAUAUAAAAGGUACGCUUCAUUAUACUUUUGUUGUGCAAUUGAACAAAAUGACAAUGAAUUGCUUUGUUUAGAAAUUAUUCAUCGUUAUGUGGAACUUCUAGACAAAUAUUUCGGCAGCGUUUGUGAGUUAGAUAUAAUUUUCAAUUUCGAGAAAGCUUAUUUUAUUCUGGAUGAAUUUAUUUUGGCUGGUGAGAUUCAAGAGACGAGUAAAAAGCAGGUUUUAAAAGCAAUCGCUGCGCAGGAUCUCAUACAAGAGGUUAUUUUUUUACAGCAUCUGAAUUUUUAA